UCUCAUUACUUCCUGUUUUAAAUUGAGGUAUUAUGUAGCCCAGGCUGCCCUCGUACUCACGAUCCUCCUGCCUCAGCCUCCCAAAUGUUGAGAUUAAGGGUAUAUACCCCAUCACACCUGGCUACUGUUUCAUUUUUUAGAAAGAUAUCAAACUGCACAUGGUAGCAUAUGCCUAUAAUCCUAGCAUUUGGGAUUGGGAGACAGGAUAAUCAGAAGUUCGAGGUCGUCUUUAGCUACGGAGUGAGAAUGAGGCACUCUAGGCUACUGAGACCCUAUCUGAAUCCCUAACACCUUCAAAGUGAGAUUAUCUUUACUUUUAGUGACCCCUGUUAGAAGCUUUGGAAAAAACCUGAAGGGACAGAAAAGAAGGAGGGCAGAACUAAGGUGGAGGCAGGGAAGGUCAGAGGGUAAGGAAGAAGCCUUAACUGAAUCUGAGGUCAGAUUAAAUGAGGAGGGAGGAACCCAGGGUGACGUCCAGCUUUCUGGCCUGCUGUCAGGAUCCUUGGUUUGAAGGAUGGAAGAGCAGGUGUGUGGUGGGAAUACCAGCUCCACGGGUCACAUCUCACUACGGAAGUGGCAGGCCUUCCAGACGGGACUGUCCGGUGGCCAAUAGUCAGUCUGGAGGUUCGAGUUCAGCCUAAGCCACAGAGCUGGGACUCUUGAGCAAGCAGCUGCUCCCUUUGCUGCAUUCAUUCUUGCCCCUCUUGGUCAAAGGCUUUCUGGCCUUUAAGAUUCGGGCUGUAUUCCAUCUGUGUCUGGGGGCUCUUCUCCAUACCUUCAGUGGCUCCCUUUCUUCUCUGACUCUCCACUGGGCACUCUCCACAGGAAACUGCAUUCUCCUUCUCCGAACAUGAACACACACCUAUUUCUAGUAUAUAACUGUCCAGGCAAGGAGCCUAGGAUUGGUCUUAUCCUGGACAAUGACGCUUAGCUCAAAUGCAAAGACGGCUACACUCCUAUGCUUCUCAGGGAUAAGUGGUGUCCAGUAAUGAGUAGUGACGGUUCUGUGCCCUUUUAGGAAGGUACGACUCCUCUCUCUGCUACUCAUCAGUGCCUGGGGCUGUGUGAUCUGUCAUGGAAAUCCUGUGGAUGACAUCUGCGGAGCGAAGCCCCGGGACAUCCCCAUGAAUCCCAUGUGCAUUUACCGCUCUCCAAGCAAGAAGACCACUGAGGAGGAUGGCCUAGAGUCAAAGGUCCCGAAAGUCCCGGAGGCCACCAACCGUCGGGUCUGGGAACUGUCCAAGGCUAAUUCUCAGUUUGCCACCACCUUCUAUCAGCACCUCGCAGACUCCAAGAAUGACAAUGACAACAUUUUCUUGUCACCCUUGAGCAUCUCCACAGCUUUUGCUAUGACCAAGCUUGGUGCCUGUAAUGACACCCUCAAGCAGCUGAUGGAGGUUUUUAAAUUUGAUACCAUCUCGGAGAAAACAUCAGAUCAGAUCCACUUCUUCUUUGCCAAACUGAACUGUCGACUCUACCGCAAAGCCAAUAAGUCCUCCAACUUGGUAGCGGCCAACCGCCUGUUUGGAGACAAGUCCCUUACCUUCAACGAGACCUACCAGGACAUUAGUGAGGUUGUCUAUGGAGCCAAACUCAAGCCCCUGGACUUCAAGGAAAAUCCGGAGCAGUCCAGACUGACCAUCAACAACUGGAUAGCUAAUAAGACUGAAGGCCGCAUCAAAGACGUCAUCCCUCAGGGAGCCAUCGAUGAGCUCACAGCCUUGGUGCUGGUUAACACCAUUUACUUCAAGGGCCUGUGGAAGUCAAAAUUUAGCCCUGAGAACACAAGGGAGGAGUCAUUCUACAAGGCUGAUGGGCAGUCAUGCCCAGUAUCUAUGAUGUACCAGGAAGGCAAAUUCAAGUACCGGCGUGUAGCAGAAGGCACCCAGGUGCUGGAGCUGCCCUUCAAAGGGGAUGACAUCACCAUGGUGCUCAUCCUUCCCAAGCCUGAAAAGAGCCUGGACAAGGUGGAGCGGGAACUCACCCCAGAGCUGCUGCAGGAGUGGCUAGACGAGCUGACGGAGACGCUGCUUGUGAUCCAUAUGCCCCGUUUCCGCAUUGAAGAUAGCUUCAGUCUGAAGGAGCAGCUGCAAGACAUGGGCCUUACUGAUCUGUUCAGCCCUGAGAAGUCCCAACUCCCAGGAAUUGUUGCAGAAGGCAGGAAUGACCUCUAUGUGUCUGAUGCAUUCCACAAAGCAUUUCUUGAGGUGAAUGAGGAGGGCAGCGAGGCAGCAGCGAGCACUGCUGUCGUGAUUGCUGGCCGUUCACUGAACCCCAACAGGGUGACCUUCAAGGCCAACAGGCCCUUCCUGGUUCUCAUAAGGGAAGUUGCUCUGAACACGAUUAUAUUCAUGGGGAGAGUGGCUAAUCCUUGUGCGGGGGAACUAAAACGUUCUUAAUCUUUGCACCUUUCCCCAUUCUGCUGUUGUCAUAGAAGUAAAAAUAAAUACGACUGCCACCUCACAAGAAUGGACUUUUCCACUUGAAGACAAGAGACUGAGGCACAGAC